GGGCGUGAGGAACACUAAUUUUUGUUAAAGUCGGUAUUUCAGAACAUGUGGUUUGAAACUCUGGAAGAUGUAAGAUUUACCCCGUACCACGUCUGUAACAUCACUAAAUAGUUUUUAGUAUAGAUGUGUUUAAAUCCAGUCCAUCUAUUUUAUGUUAAAUUGCAUUUAGCAAAUUAAAAGAGAAAAAUGGCGGAAUUUGUAGAAAAACGAUGUGAGGAUAUGAUUCCUGAAUUAGAACAGAUGGAAAGAAUUAAACUUUUUGAUAAAAAUGAAAUUCGAGGAAUCGCAAAAAAGCUUAAGGAAUACGAAUAUAAAAUUCAACGACAUACAAAAACUAAAGAAGACUAUUUAAGAUACAUACAGUAUGAAAUGGACUUACUUAAAUUAAUUAAACAACGCAGAGAUAAAUUUGGUAUUACACAAAAUAAAUCAGAUAUUGAUCAUACGAUUACAAAUAAAAUGAAUUAUUUGUAUAAAGAUGCAAUAUUUAAAUUUCAAGAUGAUAUUCGCUUUUGGGUUGCCUAUAUAAAAUUUUGUAAGCAUGUUCAUUUUCACAGCAAUGUUAGUCACAUGUUAGGUAGAAUGUUGCAAGUCCAUCAAGAUAAACCUAAAUGUUGGCAUAUUGCGGCAUGUUGGGAAUUAGAAGAAAAUAAAAAUAAACAGACUGCACGUCAGUUUCUUCUUCGUGGUUUACACAUACAUCCAACAUCUCAAUUGCUAUUUCUUGAUGCUUUCAAAUUAGAAUUGGAUGAUGUAUUAGGUAAUGAUCAGAAAAAUGAAAUUAAUGCUGAGAAUGCUAAGUAUCAAAUGUCAACAGGAACUGAUGAUGAUAUGAGUAUUGGACUAAAAAGAGCUUAUAUUAUAUACCAACAAGCAUCAAAACGUAUUAAAGAUAUUAAAUUCAUAAUAGAAUUAUUGAAUAUUGCAAAGGAGCAUAAAAAUACAGAAAAAUUACAAAAUAAAAUUGUUAGUGAUAUGAUACAAGAAUAUACUCAUGAACCCCUAAUGUGGGAUACAAUGGCUCGGCGAGAAUUAGAAGGACUUAUUCAACCCUCUGUUAAUAAUACAGCAGUGGAAGUUAAUAGCUCAGAACAAAUUUCAUUAAGAGACCGUAUAACAUCUUGUAAUAAGGUUUAUCAGACUGCCAUUAAAAAAAUUAAAACUGAAGAAAUGUGGUCUUUUUAUAUAGAAUGUUUAAUAGAAAUUAAUCAGAAAACUGGAGCUCUGCCAAAUUUUAAAAGAAAAUUGCUAAAAACAGCCCUAUCACAGGCACACCAAGCUAAGAGGUUAAAAGAGAAAUAUUAUUUGUAUUGGGUCAAUAUGCUAAGUGCUGAAAAAAAAGAUGAAAUUACUGAAAAAAAAUUGAAAGAAAUUUUAAGCAUGGCAACUGAAACUAUACCAAGUAGUAUAAGUCUUUGGCAUGCUAGGUUAAGAUACUUAUUUGCUUCAGGAGAAGAAGAAGAAGCUGAAACUGUUUUUUCAAAAGCAAUACAAGCCCUUGCAGAAAAGUCAUUGCCCUUGUGGAAAAUCAGAAUACUACAUGUACAAGCAAAGUAUCCUGAAAAAACUGAACAAGUUUUUCAAUCAGCUUUGCAAGGAUAUCCAAGUAUUUCUCAAGAGAUAAAACUUACUUACAUUGAAUGGCUAGUUUUAACAAAAAGUAUACAUGCGGCACGUAAAAUGUAUGAUAAUCUUUGUUUGCAACCUCCUUUUUCUCUUGAAUUACACAAAAAGAUGGUGGACUUAGAACUUAUGCAACCUGAAAUAUCGUUAAAACAUGUAAGAAAAUGUAAUGAAAUGUCGACAUUACAGUUUGGUAAAAAUAAUACAAGUGUUUGGAUAAAUUAUAUUACAUUUGAAAUGAAACAUGGUGAUCCAAAAAAAGUUGGAGAAUUACAUAGAAGAGCAGUAAAAACAUUAGAACCAGUAUUGACAGAUACAUUUAUUUCAGAAUACAGUUUAAUUAAAGCUAAUCCAGAUUCUAUUAAUAUUGAUACAUGAGCAUAUUCAAAUACCAAGGGGAUAUAAUGAAAACAUCAUUCAAUGAUAAAUAAAACAUUUUACAUAUUCAGUGAACGUUUU